CAAGUAUAUCGGGGGGUCAGUGCACGUCACGCAAUUAUAAUACCCUCCCGUAACAUCUCUCUCACCCAAGAUCAAUCGUAAAAUCCAUAAAAAAGACUCUAAAACAAUCACCGGCAAUCGCCAAAAUCCCAAUGUCCAUCAUUGCCCCACCAGUGACUUGCCUGUGAACUCAUUCCACAAUAAAAAUUAACUCUCCAAAUUGUACGAGACAGGCUCCCGACAAGCCGGGGGGAGUUGUGGAGCGAGACGGAAGAUUUUUUGUUGGGUGGAAAGAGAAAAGACAGAAAUUGGAGGAGUGAACUGUGAGUGGUGAAAGAGUAAAAAAAGUUAACAGUGCGGCUGAGGACUGAACAGGGGGGAGUGAGUUGUUGGGGUGUUUGUGAAGUACAAUUUCAAUAUUUAUCGUCUUCAUCGGCGACGUCCCCGUGGACGUGUCCCCCACGUCUACGUCACAAAUACCUUCAUCCCGACGAGUUUAACCAUUUGAAAAAUAUUGUGCCCAUUGUCACCCGACAUACUGUGGUUUGUUGUGGCCCCCAGUGUCAACGAUUGACUCCUCAAGGACUCGGGGAAAUACAUUAGCAUUAUUUCAGUUCAAUGACAACAGUGAUUUUGCCGUUGUAAUUUAGUUAAAAAGGGUGAGACUGGAGUAAUAGUAGUCAAUCGUCAGGUUAUGUCAGCUGGAUUGGCAGGUGCUGUGCCAGAUCAGCGGAUGAAAGGACAGGCCAACAGUCAGGCGAGCAAUGGUCCCAAGGAACAUCAGGCACAACAGCAACAGGGAGGUGAUCAUGCUGGGGACGAUUCGUCAUUUGAUUCAUGGAGAGGAGGGAAUAAUACACAGCACCACUCCAACUACCCCAUUGGGACUGGCGAGCCAUACCCUUACUAUGCCGGUACGUCGUUUCAAUACCAGACAUUUGGUGCUGGCGAUGGCACGUGGUCAAAUGGCACUGAAUCAGUAGCCUUUCUCUCUGGUUACGGUGGCCAAAUGGGCCACGACGCUUAUGGUAUGGAUCAGAUGUUCUCCACUGGUGCUGGAGGCGGAUUCGGGGGCUUUGGACAGCCUGCAUUUACUAAUUAUUUUCCAGGAAAUGGUGAUUUCAACGCAUGGGGCACAACCCCCCGCAAGGCUCGUUACGAGGACUACUACCCCCAGCCCCGUAACCAAGACGGCACGUACCCAGCCAACGAUAUGAAGAACCUGGAGCAAACAGUCCAGGGUUUAUCCCUCGGUGAACUCCCGCGUCAUGACCAGAGUAUGUCUUCCACCCAAUCCUCGAAAGCCGAGCCCAAGGAGCAGCGCAAAAUCACUUGGGCAAGUGUAGCCAGUCAGCCAGCCAAGCCAGUGCCCCCAGUCUCCGCGAAUCCUGGCAUGAAGAAGAAAGCAGGUAUGCCACCGCCGCCAAUAGUCCCUGGCAAACACAACAUGGACAUUGGCACCUGGGGUGAGGGUAAAUCAUCAGCCCCGCCGCCCCCCAAAGCUCCCCUCCCACCGCAAAUUCAGCUGCCAGUGGCUGCCCCAGCUCCGCCGAUCCAGAGACAACGACCAACCCCUCCACCGAGCUGGAAGCACCCAGGAUCCCCCUCAACACCUCCAACAAACGUUGGACCCUCUCAAUCUAUCCCCCCGCCUGCCCAGAGUUCUCACCACCAAGGAGGAUCCCCUCAGCAGCAACAGCAACAGCAGCCGCCACCCCAGCAGCAAGUGGUGCAGAAUCCUCCAACACAUCGUCCACCUCAUCAGGGCGGGCAUCCAGGACAUCAAGGGCAUCAAGGAGGCCAUCAGGGCCAUCAGGGACACCAGCCCCACCAAUCUCACGGGCAUCACCAGUCCCCGAGCCAGCCACAAAAUCAGAAUCAAAACCAGAAUCACCAUAAUCAGAGCCAGAAUCAGCACCAACACCAGCACUCAACUUCCACUCAGCACCAGCCUCAAUCCCACCAAUCCAAUCAGUACUCGUCUCAACAAGUGACAGCAGUCAACAUUUCUCAUCCAGUUCUAGAUGAAUUGAAAGUUAAAAAUGAUUACAAUCCCAUCGAGUUUGACCAGACAGCACCUGGUGCUAAAUUUUUCGUCAUUAAAUCUUACUCUGAGGAUGACAUUCACAGAUCAAUAAAGUAUGAGAUCUGGUGCAGCACUGAGCAUGGAAAUAAGAGGCUUGAUCAAGCGUACAGAGAUGCUGUGAGGGAGGGUGCACCUCUCUAUUUGUUCUUCUCGGUUAAUGGCUCGGGGCAUUUCUGUGGAAUGGCACAGAUGGUUUCCUCGGUUGAUUACCAGAGUAACAGUUCGGUUUGGUCCCAGGAUAAGUGGAAGGGACAGUUUAGGGUGCGCUGGAUAUACGUCAAGGAUGUGCCCAAUGUGCAAUUGAGGCACAUUCGGUUAGAGAAUAAUGAAAAUAAGCCAGUUACAAACUCUAGAGAUGCUCAGGAGGUGCCCCAUGCCAGGGGGGUUCAAGUAUUACGGAUUCUUCAUUCUUACCCUCAUUCAACGAGUAUUUUCGAUGAUUUUGGGCAUUAUGAGAGGAGGCAGGCAGAGGAGGAUCAGAGAAAAGUGCCUGUGAUGGGGAUGCAUCAUCAGGCGCAUUCACCUCCACCCAUGGGAGGGCACAGGGGGAGAGUCCAUGGAGAGAUGGGCAGACAUCCGCCGCACCAUCAGGGACAUCCAAGUCAUCAGGGACAUCAGCCACAUCAGCCUCAUCGUCGAUCUCCUUCCUUCAUGUUCCAGGAACGUGAUGGUGGUCGUGGCAGAGGACGAGGAAUGCCACGUCAGUAGCAAUGGUUAACCCACUGCAUCAAUAAUACUGUUAAUAAUGAAAAAAUGAGAUAAACAGCUAUGAACAAGGUGGAGAGGAUAAAGAGGACCUAUUACUUAUUUACCCAAGGAAAAAAAAAAGUAAACUCUGCAUGUGUGAGCACAUCAUUUUUUGCCGGACAAAGAAGCAAACAAAAACAAAUAGGACUUUGAUAAAAAAAAAAGAAAAAUAACGAAGAGGACGGGCGGAUGGGAUACAACUAAAGAAAAAAUAACUCAGCAAUGAAGACAAAUGAUGAAAAAAUUCAGCUUAAAAUUAUUUUUCUCAGUAUGCAAAAACUGUUUGUUCAAUUGAUACAAAUAAUUAUUGAUUGAGUGAAGAAGAAAAAAUAAUAAUCGCCACCCAGUGGACAAUUGAAAAUUCAGUGCCUGCGGCCUCACAAUGGGGAGGGGAAACAAUUAUGAAAAAGAAGAACAGCAAGAAGAAGUAAUUUCGAAUGAGAAAUGAAAUUUUUAUGUUAUCAUGUGUAAUUGAAAUGAUACGAAUGCAAAGCAAGAUUAAGCAAACAGAAGGAAUGAAUUCAAUAAUUUCUGUCAAUCUUUUUUUUCUUUUGAAAAAAAUCUCAUUUUUUUUCGUCAAUUUUUUUAACUGUCUAUACUCAUAAAGACACAAUGAAAAUGAAUAAAAAUUAUUACAAUUAUGCGAAUGAAAGAACGUGGAAGAUAAUAUUAAAUAGAUUGUGAUGUAUAAUGGAAGGAUGUAGAAAAAAUGAAAGAAAGAAAAAGAAAAAAUGAACGAA